GUGGGUGGAGACUUCCUAUAUCAAGCUAGCUUGAAUAUUUCAGAUUCGCCAGAUGAUGAACCAAGUGUACUUCUAUAAAGCCACUUGACUAGAUAUAAAUAACGCCAUAAUAAAGACACAAUGAAUGAAAGCCGUGGUAUUUUCUAAAACUACGGCCACGACACGGCGCUUUAUAGCGACGUUGCAAUUGACUACAAGCCUUUCCCGAAAACCUGCCGCUGGGAGGAAAAUCUGAAGCCGUAGAUGCAGCUGUAGCUGGUAUCUUGACACAUUGUAGCCGCAGUGAUUUGUGAUUAUCAUUCCACGCAGUCCGUGGUGGGGCGUGCGUGUGUCCAGAGGUGAUGCUGCUGUGAUGCGUGCCCCCGGCUGCAGGAUGAAUGUGGCAGCGAUCCUCAACGGGCUGCUGGUGUCCGUAGUGGCAGCGCUACUGUGGAAGUAUGUGCGCCUGAGUGAGCGUGCAGACCAAUUGGAAGAGGAUCUUCAGCUCACGCGCCAGUCUCAGGAAGUGUCCCAGGUGCGCAUCGACUACCACGCUGCUCUGCUGGCCCUGCAGGAGCGCGGCACCCGCAUGGUCUGCUCGGGCAAGAUGCACACAGACCGUAUCUGCCGCUUUGACUACCUCUGCUACAGCACGGAGGCGGAGGAGUUUGUGUUUUUCCACAGCAACACGUCCGUUAUGCUGCCCAACCUGGGCCCCCGCCGCUUCCAGCCGGCCCUGCUGGACCUGUCCUCUGUGGAGGACCACAACACGCAGUAUUUCAACUUCCUCGAGUUACCCGCAGCUGCCCUGAAAUUCAUGCCUAAACCGGUGUUUGUGCCUGAUGUCACACUCAUUAUGAACCGCUUCAAUCCUGACAACCUCAUGCACAUCUUUCACGACGACCUGCUGCCCAUCUUCUACACCAUGCUGCAGUACUCCGAUUUGGAUGACGAAGCCCGCCUUGUGUUCAUGGAGGGCUGGGGGGAGGGGCCCCACUUCGACCUCUACCGCCUGCUGAGCAGCAAGCAGCCUCUCCUCAAAGAGCAGUUGAGGAACUUUGGCAAGCUGAUGUGCUUCACUAAGUCCUACGUGGGUUUGUCAAAGAUGACCACCUGGUACCAGUAUGGAUUCGUUCAGCCGCAGGGACCCAAAGCCAACAUCCUGGUGUCUGGGAAUGAGAUCCGACAGUUUGCUAAAACAAUGAUGGAGAGAAUGAAUGUCUCGAGAGAAUAUCAGAGUGGAGAUGAUGACGACUACAUUGUGGUGUUCAGCAGGUCUAUUAACAGGCUGAUACUCAACGAGGCGGAGCUGAUUCUGGCUCUAGCACAAGAGUUCCAGAUGAGGACGGUAACAGUCUCUCUGGAGGACCAGUCGUUUGCCAGUGUUGUCCAAGUGAUCAGUGGGGCAUCUAUGCUGGUUAGCAUGCACGGAGCCCAGCUCAUCACCUCCUUGUUUCUUCCACGCGGGGCAGCCGUGGUGGAGCUUUUCCCUUAUGCAGUUAACCCUGAUCAUUACACUCCUUACAAGACCCUGGCGUCCUUGCCCGGCAUGGACCUUCAGUACGCAGCUUGGAGUAACACUUUAAUUGAGAACUCUGUGAACUAUCCUGAGCGACCCUGGGAUCAAGGUGGCAUUUCUCACCUGGACAAGGAGGAGCAAGACCGCAUUCUGUCCAGCAAGGAGGUGCCCAGGCAUCUGUGUUGUCGUAACCCGGAGUGGCUCUUCAGAAUUUACCAGGACACAAUCGUGGACGUCACGUCUUUCGUGGCCACCCUCAGAAAAACUCUCCACGUCAAACCCAACUUGAAAAAGGCCAAAGCUGCAAGCACCGUUCACCCGGGCCGAGUGCGAGAGCCUAAGUGUCAGACCUCAGUCGUGGCGGGCAAUGAGGCCAAGUUGACGGUGUCCUGGCAAAUCCCCUGGAACCUCAAGUACCUAAAGGUCCGCGAAGUCAAGUACGAGGUGUGGAUCCAGGAGCAGGGGGAGAACACGUACAUGCCCUACAUCCUUCCACACCAGAACUACACUUUUUCCGAAAACAUCAAACCCUUUACUACAUACUUGGUGUGGGUACGUUGCAUCUUCAACAAGAGCCUGCUGGGGCCCUUCGCAGAUGUUCUUUUAUGUAAAACCUGAUUGUCUCUCAAUGCUGUCACUAUUUGAUUAAGAAACAGACAAUCGUACAUCGGGGGGGGGG